GGCGCCGGCAGCAGCAGUAGCAACAUCGGCGGCAGCAGCAGCAGCAGCAGCCAUGUCCUCCGUCCACGACUACAACAGGGCCGAGGUCCCCGGAAGAUCGACGCGGAGCGCCAUGACGACGUCGGCGCUGCUGACGACGGCGGCGACGCUGCUGACGUCGGCGGCGGUGCUGCUGGCGACGGUGACGCCGCAGGCGCGGGCGUCUUCCACCAGGGGCGUGCGCAAGGCGUUCUCGUGGCAGGCGGUCAGCUGGGCGUGGCCCGAGCAGCCGGCCGCCGCCGACGCCUUGCGGGCCGGCUACACGCCGCACACCAACCUGCCGCACGGCCUCGAGGUGUGGCGCGACCGCCUCUUCCUGACCGUGCCGCGCCGGAAGGCCGGCGUGCCCGCCACGCUGGGAUACGUCACCGUACACAGGGACGAGAGGGCGCCUGCGUCGCCACGGUCGCCGCCGCUGUCGCCGUACCCGGACUGGGAGACGCAGCGGCUGGAGGGCGGCGAGCGCGCCGAGGGCGAGUCAGCGCGCAUCACGUCCGCCUACCGCGUCAGGGCGGACGCGUGCGACCGGCUGUGGGUGAUGGACGCCGGCACCGCCGACCUGGGGCAGGGCGCGCUGGUCCGCCUCACCCGGCCGCAGUUACUCGUCUACGACCUACGUACCGACACCCUCCUCCUCAGGUACUACCUGAGGAGAGACGACUUCGACGCGACGUCGUUCUUCGCCAGUAUCGCGGUGGACGUUGAGGGGGGCCACUGCGGCGAGGCGUUCGCCUAUCUGCCGGACCUGGGCUCCUCGGCGCUGGUCGUCUUCAGCCUGUCCGACCGCAGCUCGCGCCGCCUGCGCCACAACUUCUUCCGCAUGGACCCGCUGUACGGCGAUUUCGACAUCGCGGGAUUCAACUACCAGCUCGCCGAUGGCAUCUUCUCAGUGGCGCUUUCGGCGCCCGACCCCGAGGACGACGGCUACCGCACCGCCUUCUUCCACGCUCUCUGCUCUUCCAGAGAAUUUGCCGUCUCGUCUCGAUGGCUCAGGAAUAGCACUGCCGCUGGCACCACCUCGUGGUUCCGGUCGUUCCAGCCGGUGGGCAGCCGCGGGGACCGCGGCCAGUCCACAGGCAGCUUCCUGGACGAGCGAACAGGCGUGCUCUUCAUGAUGGAGGUGCUGAACCACCGCGUCACCUGCUGGAACUCGCGGUCCGGGCUCCCCAUGGACGCAGAAACCAUAGGUGUCGUCGCCGAGGACGACGGUACCUCAUUCAUCUAUCCCAGUGACGUUAAGGUGGACGCUUCGCGAAACGAGCUGUGGUUCCUGACGAACGUGUACCCGGUGCUGCUUCUGGGCCGUAUCAACACGACGGAGUACAACUACCACAUUUUCACUGGCGCGGUAGAUGACGCGGUGCGGGACACGCCCUGCGAGCCUGCGCGUGACGCCACGGGCAGCGGCCACUGGCGGCGCUACCAGGCUGAAGCCGCGUCCCCCGUGUCUCCCAGCCUCGUCAUGGAGGCGGCGGGGCCGCAGUAACGUCAGCUGGCGACGACGCUGCUCCAACAGGUGGUCGCCGACUGCAUCCACCUGUGUCCGCCAGCCUCGUCGGCAGGGGAGCUCCAACAGGUGUUCGGCAACUGUCUCUGUCUCUGUGUCUCCCAGGCUCGUCAUGGAGGCUGUAUCAUAGGCUCCCGCCAACUGUGCCCCAAAGAGUGGCCUGCGACACGUGGUCGGAGAGAAUGACGAAUAGUGCAUACUACAGGGUGAUUUUUACUAGCGUUUGAAUACACAGAAAGCGACGAAUAUGGUCCUGAGAGAACUAAUUUAAUUACAUACACAUGGGGCUGCAAAUGUCGGGAAGUACCCCAAAAGUGGAUGACAAACAUUGAACAUGUGACUUCACCAAGUGACGUACCUCGCAGCAGCUGGCCUUAUCGAUCCUACUCUCACUGGCAGGGAGCAUUGCUACACAUCGCUCAGCCAGGCUACUCUGUUUCCGUAAAUGUAAACCGAUUCAUCGUAGUCAUGUACAGCGAGCGCUAUCUUAUCACAGAGAAUUAUGCAAGAACGAAAACAGAGUAGACUAGCGGAGUGAUGAGUUGCACAGCCCUUACCGAUGAAGGAAGGAGUGACAAGUCCAAGGGCUGCACGUGCGGUGGCAUGCGUCACCUGGUGAUGUCACUUGUUCAACACUUGUCAUCAACUUUUGGGGUGUUUCCUGACAUUUGUGGCCCCAUGUGUCUCAUAUUAAAUCAUUUGUCCUAGCGUCAUCUACAUUGCUGCUGUGGUUUUUAAACGUUAAUAACAAUCACACUGUAUAUACACACAUUGGACUGGACUGUUCAUCAGACACAAUGACAAGCAUGUAAUGCUAAAAACACACGACAGACAUGUGUGUGAACGACUGAUCAAACCUCCUUACAGUGCCUUAAGUCUGGCAUUUAGCCUGAUCAGAGUUUACAAGGUUAACCGAUUUUCUGCCUCUGCUUGACAGAACAAUAUUCAUAAAUUAAGACCUAAACAUUUUGGUUCUUCUCCAGUAUUAGUCUCUGGUGGCCUUCUAAGCCAAAACCAUUAACUAAAUAAAUAGACACUAUAGGACAUCCACAGUGUUAUGAUUUUCAUUCAUACGCUGUCCAAUGGAAUGUAACUGUUGAAACCAUGUGUUUGUUCAUUGUGCCUUCUGAUUGUAGACUGGCAGAAAGCUACUUAGCUACGAACGGUAGUGACGAAAUACAUCUGUUGUGUUGAAACAGGUUAGAGACUGGAUAGGAUACAUAUCAGAGACAUUUUUGUGGAGAUAAGGACAUUUUUGUGGAGAUAAGGACAUUUUCGUGGUGAUAAGGACAUUUUUGUGGUGAUAAGUGUGUGAAGUGCUUACAAAAUUAUAUAUAUUAGUGUAUGGUGAAACUAAAUGCAUGAAAGAUAACUACUGUGCAUAAAAUCGCUCUCAUUACAAAUGUAUUUCUAUCUAUCACAGUUUAAAACUUUUUAAAAAUAUAUAUAUUUUAUAUGUUGUCAUUGAACUGUCCCUUAGGUUUCUUCGAUGUAUCAUAGUUAAGAUAAUGAUUUUAUCGCUAUAGGCUUAAGGCUCUAUAAACGUCGCACUGCUGCAAAAUAACAUUUUCUUGUUGUUGUAGUAUUCAGUCCGAAGAUUAGUUUACUGUAGCUCUCUAUGCUAGUCUGUGCUGAGCAAUCCUCUCCGCCUCUGCAUAAUUACUGCAGCCAACGUAUGUUUUAAGCUGUUUACUGUUGGAUUAUAUUAGAUUAUGUUCAGUUUGCGUUUAAUAGACCAAAAUAUGAGAUGAUUCUCGUGGGUGUGGAAUAUGUCAAAAAGUAUAACAUAGAAAACAUAAAACAUUUGAAUAUAAUACUCAAGACCCUGAUCAUAUGUCAGGAGAUUGUCGAAAUAGGUGAAUAUACUACAGUAAACUGGGACUGCUAAUAUUUACAGAAUUAAUACACUGUCAGAAUGAAACAUACUUAUGCACUUUUAAUAAAUUCAUCAUAAACAAAAUACCUAAUCUUGACUGUUGUGGCCAACUGACAUCAAAACUGAAAUCUAACAGACAUUUUUACUUAAGCUGGUCUAGUAGUAACAGUUAAGAUAUACAUCUACAGAGUAGAUAGAGUUGCCUAUCAAAAAGUCUUCCAAACUCUGUUUAAACUGUGUUGGCAAUUUAUUGAAAAUGUGUAUAUCUGAAUACUGGACCCCUUUUUGGACUAAGGUAAGUGCUUUUAGGUCUUUAUAUAGAUUGUUCUUAUCCUAAUAUUGAUUCUGUGAUUGG